ACUUUUGAGUUUUGAGGUCGUUCUGACACGAGGCCGUUCUGAUAUGAGACCGUUUUGACUGCCGCCCUUGUUCAACGACCUGAACACGGGUGAACACCCCGACCAACACUCGGGCGGAACCCGUAACACACGCAUUUCGGAGGGACCACAUCUUUUACCAAAGGAGGUCCCGUGUUAAGCUGAAAUUGGAGGCAGUAACAAGGAGAGCAAUGUUUGAUUUUCCAACUGUUUGAUUGGUAUUCCAGAAAUUGGAUUCGCGAUGAUGAUAGUAAAAAGGGCGUUCUGGACCGGAAGUCGGGGGAGCCGUCACGCUCCGUCGCAGUGGUAAAAAAAAAUACCAGUUGAGGUUGUAGGCAAAGCCCCAACAUGAACAACAGGCACCCAACCCAAAAGGCUUCGGAUCGAGCAACCUUUCAGACUCUGACGUCACAACAGAAAUUAAAGCAAUGCCUGGCUUUGCUAAUUGCCACAGUACUUUGUGGAACGGUAAUGCUGUCCUUUUUUAAGCCGACUGUAGUAUGGGCGGUGUUUCAGAGAGACAACGAAUCCCACAACGAAGGAGGAACCAUUAAUAAAAAUGUGACAGUAUCGACAAUUGGCUACAAAAUGACUUUUAAUAGUUCAAAUCGUACUUAUCCUUAUUUCUACAAACCAAUCUCAUUUCAUUCUUCGGAAAAGUACAGACAGAAGACGUCUUACAGCGUGAAUUUCAACCAUGGAUACCAUCCGGUAACAGGCACCAAGUCGAAGCUCAUCCUGUUUUAUAAUCCUCCCGGAUGGUUCAAACCGUUUCAGAAAUUUUGUCCACAAGGUUUACAAAAAUGUCCACAGAAACACUGUGAAUGUUCCUUUCAUCCAAAGCACAUGGAUAAAGCAGAUGUUGUCAUCAUCGACGCAGUUGAUCUCCAGUACAGGACGCCUCCAGCUAAACAAACCAACCAAGUAUGGACCUUAUUCGGAUUAGAGUGUCCAAACUAUUACCCAAGUCAGUUAUACCAAUCAGAGCAAUGGCGCCAUGUGUUUAACUGGACCAUGACGUAUCGUCUUGAUUCGGAUGUCAUCUUGCCUUACAAUAUCCUUUUAGAUCAGCAGCAACCAACACCAAGAGCUAACUUUACUGAAAUUGCUCAGAAUAAAACGAAGUCAGUCCUUUGGUUUGUUAGUAACUGCAACACACCCUCCAAACGGCAACAAUAUGUGAAAGAACUAGGGAAGCAUAUAACAGUGGACAUCUAUGGCAGAUGUGGUCCAUUGAAAUGUAGCGGACAGAAUUGCGAUGUUCUGUACAACAAAUAUAGGUUUUAUUUAUCCUUUGAAAAUUCAUUUUGCAUUGACUACGUCACAGAGAAGUUGUAUAAAACCUAUUCUCACAACAUUGUUCCUGUCGUUCGGGGAGGUGCUGAUUAUGAUGUCAUGAUACCAAAAGGAACGUACAUUAAUGCAGCGGACUUUUCAAGUCCAAAAGAACUGGCAAAAUAUCUUAUAUAUCUGGAGAAAAACGUCACAGCCUAUGCUGGGAUACUGGAAAACAAAUCCAGAUAUAGAAAUGAUAACAGGGAAACGUAUGAAUCUGCAUUUUGUGACAUUUGUGUGAAACUUCAUAAUUUGAAUUCAUAUCAUCAACAGUAUAAUGAUAGUGGUAAAUGGUUGAAACAAGACACCUGUCACCUACCUACGGAUGUUUGACCAAACACAUUUCAUUAUGGCGGUGAUUUAUUGACAAGUUUUUAGCGGGUUGCAAUUUGAGUGGUUACUGAAAUGAACAUAUCGUACAGAAAAAACAGUUGUUCAGUUAUCUUAAUAAAAAUAUAAUAAAAGGGAGCCCAAUGACUCUCUUCAUUUCCUGAUACUGCAGUAAUCUAGACUUGCCAAACAUUAUAGACUUGCAUGGACUUUAUUUGAUAUAUAUUUGUAUCAGGGUCUGUAAGACAGACUCUGUUCCUUACUACAUACUCAAGUAGUCCAUUUGGAUGAUGAAGCAUUACAAACUAGAUUUUGUGAAGUUGAGGCUAUAUUGAAUGGCAGACCGAUUACAGAGUUAACGUCUGAUCCAAAUGACCUGACACCUCUUACACCAAGUCAUCUAUUAUUUCAUACAGCUGGAGAAGUCUUACCCCAGGGCACGUUUCACAAGGAUCACAAUAUUGCGAGACGAAAGUGGCGUCGAGUACAGUAUCUUGCCGAUAUCUUCUGGGGAGUACUUACCGUUGCUACAAGAAAGGCGAAAGUGGUUACCACCAAAGAAAAAUGUAUAUGUUGGGGACAUUUUCCUUCUGAUGGAUUCCUCACCAAGCAACAUGUGGGCUAUGGGCAAAGUAGGAGACAUUUCCAGAUAACAAUGACUUUGUUCGCAGUGUUAAAGAGAGAACCAAGUCGUCCGAACGUGUUUGUCUCAUUGAUAAGCUGUGCUUACAGUUGGAAGAAGACUGAAUUGUAGGCAUAGGUCAUUGUGAUGACUUUUCAACUUAUAUCAAAGUAGACAUUUGCUUAGAAUCGACUUUCCUAGUGCAAUUGCUGUCUGUUGUUGCAAUUCUGUGACUAUCAGUGAACAUUUGGUUACCAAGGUAACAAAGUGUCUUCGAGGGAGACACAUUAUUGAUUGAGUGGACAUUUUCAUAUGAAUGUAUUUCUCCAUGAAUCAGUAUUUGGCCUGUUGUGUUCAUAUUCGUAAUUGACAUCAUUCACUCAUCCCAAUUAGGAGGCCAGAGUGUUACGGCCAAAAUGAUUAAUUUAUUAUUUGGUAUUUAUAUGUUUCUCGUAAGAUUGUCCGAGAAUUGCUAUAGUUAACCCCAGCGCAUAUAGCCGUGAUUUAUUGUCAAGCUUUUAGCGGGUUGCAAUUUUAGUUGUUACAAAGGGGAAAAACUGCGUGGAUGUGGUAUGUUUUAUUUUGGAAGUAUGUCGCCUGUCUGCCAUCAUGGCUAUGUUGGUUGCAUUUAUUUGGAAGAACAGAUGGCAGUCUUUGCUUGGAAGCAUUUUGUGUUUAUUAUAAUUAAUUUAUCAGCAGCACUUUCUAUAGUAUUCAGUCACGUUAUGUAGUCUGUAUUUUCACAUGGCUUUCGAAGCUGUUUGCUGCAUUCAAAACUCGCUCCCUUUGCACGAGGUGUAAAAAUAGAUUUCGCAACAGGCUGUUUUGCGAGGGAUUUUCAAACUUAUUAUUUAACAAUAAAAGCUUAUUUAUAGAAAUCCUGGUUAUACGAGCUGACUGACAUGUUUCAGUUCUGUACUAUUCCAAAAAUAUAGACUUUGUAAACAAUAUGUCUUUAUUGGUGAAGUUUAAUACAUAUUAUUGUAAUAGUAUCACAAUGUAAAAUAGAAUUAUGCCAUGCUAUAUUUUCCAUAUUAUCUUAUUUAUUGAAGUCAAUCUGACACAAGUGUGACUUCAACAUGUUCAGCAACUGUAAACUCUAUGAAAUAUUAACUAAACUUUAAUAUCAUGUACAUGCAACUGAUAAAUGAGCAUGUUGAGAAGAAAUAUAAACUUCUACAGUCGUGCUUGUUUUCUGAAUUGACUAUCCCAUCUCCUAUAAAAAAGAAUAGUUAUAAAGUUGGAAGAAUACAAAUAUAUCUGCGAUGACUUGAUGCUGGACUUUAAGAUAGAAUUAGAGUGCAUAUAUUUCAUUAUACUUUUUUAUAUUUUUCACAAAUUAAACUUAAACUAGGAAAUCCUAAAAUUCGAAAGUCGCUAGUCCAGUAUUUCUCGUUUUUCGGCCAUGACGGCUGCUCCUUGGCUGGCUCAUUCACACGAACAGUAAACUACGUAAUCAUAGAUAAAGUCGGCAGGUACGUCCGCCAUGGCCCUUGUUCUCUUGAUAAAUGUUUUGUUACCAACUGGCGCAGGGUUUGACCAUCAUCUAAAACUGUAAUUAAAAUAAACUCUUGUUAGGCAAUACUGAUACUUUUCUAUUACCACCUGCUUUUUGUGUAGUCAACUUUGACAGCCUAGGGAAGAUAACAGAGACCGAAAUUACACCUUCAAAGUAAUUGUGAAUGUGAUACGAGUAGAGCUGUGGGGGGUAUAUAACUCCUUGGGUGUUGGUCCUCAGCACACUUGCUUGAAUAAACCCUAAGGACCUCACAGCUCUCUUCUCUCUUGUUUCAAGGUAAGAAACAUUUAAAUAUUCCUAUUUUAUGACUAAACUUCUUAUUUCAUUGUUAUUAUUGUCUAGAAAAUGUUAUAGUUAAGUUGAAUCAGUACUGCCAUAUUGUAACGCUCAAUCUACUGUGUACAAGUUCUAAAUGACUGCUCAUUAUAUAUUAUUUACCGUUUAAUACUCAGGCACUUUCCAGUGUUGUUUGAAGUGUAAUGCGUCCUGGGCUCCUCCAGUUUAUGUGUCAUUAAUAUGCGGCACCCAUAGUUCUGUCCUAUAUUUCGACAUCAAUGAUUAUAUUCCCCUUCCAUGUCUAACAUCAUCUGUUGAAAAUGCCAGAUGCAUAUACAGUUUAUAUUUCCGUGCAGUAGCGUAGCGUACAUGUAGCUUAGUCACAAAACGGUUCCUAGAGUUAACACAACUGUUUCAAGCAAGACUUAUUUUAUACGUAGGUCGGUUAUUCCAUAUUUUCCAACAGUCCACCGAUCAAAGGUUAUAUGAGCAGCUUUACCUUCCGUGUGCGCUUACAGAAUAGGCUAUAACAACGCAUUCCAUAUUUCUUAGGUUUUAUCUUCAUCAAGUAAGUAUUUGAAUAUAUUGUAAAGAGUCCCGUCCCUCAUAUAGUUGCAUACGCUGCAACACAGCCUAUACCACAAUUUCAUUACCGUAGUCAUUUAAAUAUUGUUAUAGUCCUCCUUUAUACUCCAUAACAACGUACAUUCAAACGCGCAUCGUUUAAGUAUACAAUUACCGUAUUCACUCCAUUAGCUGUUAUCGUCUAGCUCCGUAUAUAUUUAGGAAAUGCGCGUAGUCAAUAGCAACACAGCCGCGGUGAUUCAUUACCGUAGUCACCAAAGUAAUCACCACUAAAACUAAUAAUUACUCUAACUAAAACCGAGCUAUAUCUUCUACCGCGUACAUUCGUAUCUUUAUUUGGAUCAAGUAUUUACUUUCUGUAUUUGCCGAAAUUAUUAUGUUGUGAUAAUUAUUACUGAAACUACAAAUAUUAAUUUUUACCGUCUUUUCAUAAGUAAAUGUCAUGUUCCUCAUCUAAGCAGUUGGUGCAGUCUACCGUACAUGCUCUAUUAAAAUAUUACGACUACUCAAUUUAGCUGUUAAGGAAUGUUAUUUAGCAUUACCGUUAUUAUUCUAGUAAAUACUGCAUCUGUUGUAUAAUGUUACCGUACAUACUCCAAUUUAAAUACAUUGCCUUUAUUAUUAUGCCUUUAUUAGAUGGACAAUGUGUUAGCAUAUUAUUAUCAUUAUUAUGAUUGUACGUCACUAUUAUAUAUUAAUUGAUGUAACUUGAAUGAUAUGACACACUUGCUUGAAUAAACC